GUGCUUACGAGUCAAGAACAAUAUAUGAAAGCUUGGACCAAGCUUGGUCCAUCCUUCGUAUAUUCCCUAAGGAGAUGCUAAAUCGUAUACCCCAAAAGGUUUUGCAAGAAUUCUAUCAUCGCGAUAGAAAAGGUAAAUCUACGCACAAGCUGAGGACCACCGAAGUGGAGGCAUAA